ACCAAGCAGGAAAGUACCGUUUUCUCUUCGCGCGCAGAAAGUCUUUCGAAUGACGGCACUGUUCGACCUAACUACGGCCUAUAAUAACGUUGGUUCAUUCGAUACCCAAUACUUUUGUCAAUUUCACAUAGAGUUUUUCUACUCUUUUGAAAAAAUGAUAAUGUGAUUUGAAAACUCUUUUUUUCGAAAUAAAAUCAGUGAGAGAUCAAUAGUGUUCUUGCGAUCUAUCAUCGAUAUCGAAGUUAUCUUUGAAAUCUGCGGAUUCAGUGUUUCUUUGUUCUCAGUGAAAACAGGUGGAUAAAAAUAAGUUAUCGAAGUAAAAAAUUGUUGGAAAUAAUACGUUUUUGAAAAUAUUUUCAUCGCCUAUAUAUUGUUCUUCAAGGUUUACUCCUUUAGAGUUAUAUUCCACAUCGCAAUAUUGGGAUUUUUACGGUCUUCGUGAUACAUCUACUUUGAUUCGUUCGGCUCGAAGAACGAUCUUCAAAGAAGAGUCGGUUCGAAGAACUUACUCUUCUCCCUAGCCGUUAGUGUAAGGUGUACGGUGAGAGAGAACGCGCGUAGGUCGAAGAUCGACGGCCGACGGUGCGCCGUUGAUAUGCGGAACGUCUCGAACCUCCAAGCACCGUGAUUUUCUCGAGAGAAAACUCCUGGAAAAAGCUGGACCAAUGAGAGGUCUGGCAAGAUACACUCUAGGCGAGAGAAGCACGGGAUGGAUCCAUGGGACAAGGUAUACUUCGCCGCUGGACAACUUUGAAAAGAACCGAACGGAGUCUGGAAACGAUCGAGUUUGAUUUAGUCGAUAGCGCAAAUUAACUAUCAUUGUUAAUUUCGUAGAUCAUCGAUCGCCGUGGAUUUAUCGUAACAGAUCAUCGCUGUAUCUUCGAUUUUUCUCUAAGAUAAAUCAUAAUAUUGGGUGCAUUCGAAAAGGAUUAAGGAGAGGCAACUCGCUGAUAGAAAAGUUUAAGUGAUAAAGUGGAUGUGGUGGCCGUGCGACGAAUUAGUGGAAGGUGGUUGUGGACGACACCAACGACGACGACGCCGACGAAAGUGCAAGUGUUCUCGUUCCUCUUGCUGUUAUUGUUGUUGUUAUCGUUUUUUCAUUGUUCUCAUUAUUGAGUCCAAGUGCCCGUACUGACGGUGCUCGUCCUCGUCCACGUUUUUACGAUGGUUUCCAAGUCACUUAUGACCCUGGUGUUCCUCGUGUGCCUACAAACGGUUUUACUAUCAACCGUGAGCAACUGUGCGAAGGCGAUCAGCUUGUAUUGGAACACCACGAACUCGAUAUUUCGAAUAGACAACACGGAUCAUAUAAUAGACGUGAACAAGAAUAACGCGGUGUUUGAGUACGAUCAAGUGAACAUAAUUUGUCCAAUGUAUAAAACGGGCACAUAUGAUCCGGAAAAAUACCUCAUUUACAACGUGUCUAAAGAAGAGUACGAGACGUGCCGAAUAACGAACCCGAGUCCUCGGUUAAUAGCAAUUUGCGACAAACCAUACGAGGAUAAGUACUACACGAUCACCUUCAGGCCGUUCACGCCACAACCGGGGGGUCUCGAGUUUCUACCCGGCCACGAUUACUACUUCAUCAGCACCUCGUCCAAGGAAGAUCUGCAUAGGCGCAUUGGUGGACGAUGCAACACCGACAACAUGAAGGUUGUUUUCAAGGUUUGCUGCAGCAACGACACCUCGUCCUCGUCUGCCACGUCUCGCAACAACUCCGUACCCGUGACCAGCAGCACCGUACCCAGCAGCAGCUCAACGAGUACCGCAGUUUUGGGCGGAGGAGCAAGUGGUAUGAUGCCACCACCACCGCCACCAAGCGUCCUCAAAGGUGGAGAACGAUUCUACCCGGGAGGCAACAUUCAUCAUCAUCGCGAUCAUCUUCAACCGGCUACGGUGAUGCCGACCCACGUUCCCCCUUCAGCGUUGUACCCUGUACAUCCGCAUCAGCCACAGCCUCCGAUUCACAAUGGACCUCCGUCUGUCUCCUCGCCGCCAAAGACCUCGAUUGGACAGAAGAAAAAGAACAAGGAAUACUCAGAUCAUCCUAAUGAGGUAGUGAAGAACGAAGAACUAACGUACAGCGGUGCGACGUCGUAUGGGUUCGGGCAGGUCCUGUUCCUGAUGGUCUCCAGCCUUCUGAUAAGUGUUUUCGUUCCGCAAUUUUUGCGGUGAAGCGACGACACUGCCAACGAAGAGCGUAUCCCAUGCGUCGAACCCCUUCUUCUGUGAUUAUCCUACGUUUAAUUAAUUUCCUGAGGCACGCAGCGCCGCUGUCAUGCGUUGUGGCCCCUCGAUCGUGGGACGCGCGCAGAUCAACCAUUGCUCGUCGGUUGCGAGCAAAUCUGAGAUCGGAAUGCUGAGAUGGAAGAAAAAGAUAUAUUAUACAUAUAUAUAUAUAUAUAUCUAUUAAAUAAAGCCGGUAAGAAGGUAGAAAUAUAUAUGCGGAUGGACCUAGGAAGAUUACUAUGUCCGAAUAAGAGACUCGCGGCAAAGCCAUAUUAACUACUAAUAAAAAGGAAAGACAAACGGGAUGGCGUAUUGAUGUCAAGAUAGUCGAACAAGAUAACAACGACGACAAAAAAAGAGAAGAAGAAGAAGAAGAAGAAGAAGAAGAAGAAGAAGAAGAAGAAGAAGAAGAAAAAUAAGGUGAAGAAAAAAUGCUGAAAAAUAUGAAGAAGAUGAACGAGGAGAAACGCUGCUACUAGAUACUAUUAUAGUACGCCCACUAUUAUCACUACUAUAAAUGGUAGUCGUAUUGGUUGUCCUUCUUAUCGUUACGCUAAUUCUAGGUAUUUAUUCGAAAAAUACAAGAGAGCAUGGAAAAAGAGCGAGUGUAUGAUAGUAAAUGCGAACGAACGCGUGAGAAAAAUAUGUGUGCGAGUAAAAAGCGUGUUUAAGUAUCUUCGAAGCGAAUAACGUUUUAACACGCGUACGGAGAGGGUCGAAUCUAUCCUGAACUAACGAACAAAUCAUCGUUAAACCAACGGAAGACAAAGCUCGAACGAUUUAACUCGACACAAAUAAUGAUAUUAUCUAACCAUCGUCGAAAAACUAAUGUUCAUUUUAACUGAUAAUCGUUCUAGUUCAUCUUUCCGUUUGAAUUUUCGUAAGCGCGUAAUCGUGCAUUCGUCUAACCAGGAUAAUUAGCACGCCUGUAAAUAAAUUCCUAAUGAAUAUGUACAAGUGAAUCCUUGAGAGCUUAUUCAAGCUGCAAGGAGAUUUAGGAGAGUGCCGUAUACUAGACGAAUCUUAUAUAUGACGCUCGAGUGAGCGAGAAAGAGAUAAAGAGAAACACGUAACCAUUUACGAGGACACGAAGCAUAUAUUUGUGAAAUAAAUACGAUUAAAACGUGAAAACGAUCUAUCGUUAAUGUUAACAACUUUGCAAAUUUAAGGGACAGUCCAACGAACUCAUCUUGAUCCUACGCGUCGAUUUUAAUCUGACGAAUCGACGAUUAUCAACUAUCUCUUCUCGUCUCGAUCGUAGCAAAAAAGUAUAUAUUAUCCGUGUAUGUAAGAGAGAGAGAGAGAGAGAGAGAGAGAGUGCAUGUGUGCGUGUUCAAGAGCCGAUAAGAAAAUUCUCUGUGAAUGCGUGAUGAUAGUGAGAAUGUGAAAAUUUGUAUAAUACCUGUACCAUACCGAACUCUAUCUAUAGAUCUGUAUUAUAUUUAUUAUCCGCUAUUAUUACACUACGAAUAUUCAAUCGAUAUUCUAUAUUUACUAGUAAAAUAUCAAAUUUAAUAGCGAAUAAAUUGCGUAUCGACGUGGUGGGAGACAAAGGAAAACAGAGAAAAAAAGACAGAAAAAGAAGGCUUAUGAGAAAGGUAAACAACGAAGAAGAAGAAGAAGAAGAAGAAGAAGAGAAAAAGACUCGAGGCCUCUUAUUCUCUAAAUACGGCUAAACUCUCAUCGCAUUUGUUGAUUUUUUCCAUUAUCCGUUAUUAUAUCGGGUUUAUAAAUAUUAACUCAUUAUAUCUCUGAUUGCGAAUGAAAAACGAUUGGCCGUUCGAUCGUCUUCUUUCCUAUUUUUUUCUUUGUAUCUUGCAUCAUACUUUGAUCUAUUUCUGUUAUUUUUCUAAUUCUAUUUAUUGUCCGUCGUUUAAUCGUAUCAUGCCACGUUGUUACACGUAUAUACAUUCGUCAUAUACAUGACACGCGACACAGACAUACGUAAAACACACAUUUACACACUUGAUUAAGCGUCAAUUUUCGCGAAGACAAUUCGCGAUAAUUCGAUAAUGCAAGAGAAUAAGUGCGAACGUUUGUUCCGUUACGCAUUGGCCAUUGAAAGAUAAUUAGAUCUAAUGAAUAAUUAUUGUAAAUAUGUGUAUGCGAUAAUGAUGAUAAGAUGAUACUACUGACACUGAAGAGA